AUGGAAGCGUUUCCGGCAGAAACGGCUUCCCUGGCAGCCAAGAAGGCGUCUGGGGCGGCCAAGAAAAAGUAUCGGUCAAAUAAGGAGGCUGGCAAUCGGGCUGAUACGAUAGCUCAAUUCGAAGCACAGUUUGGCGAAGCGGGAAAGGCAGUGGUGGCCGAGUGGCGAGGCUUUUGGGACAAGAUAUCAAAGAAUUACAACGUCGUAAAAGCCGACGACUUCUUAACCAACGAAAAAGCCUACAAAUUCCUGGUCGAGACUACCAAAACGUCAAACCAGAAGCUGGGCGUACCUAAGCGCAACGACGCGAUCAAAUUCCUCGAGUUUCAGUUCGGGGAGGAGAAGGUGAAAAACGCCAUCAAAGAAGCCGUUGACCGUCUUCGGGCUGAGGCCAAAAUCAGAGGUACGCGCGUCGAAAAAGUCCCGGGGUACGACCAUGUCUCGAGCGUUUGGCGCGAUUACGACAUCGAAACGCGCUUUCUUAGCGAUCGCUAA